AUGGCUACGCUUUUCGCGUCGAACACGGACCAGAAAGAAGCCUUAUACCUUGAGAAAAGUUCGCCUGUUCCGAACGGCACACAAUCUUCAUGGUAUAGACUCAGAUCAUCUACGGAGACACAGGUUGAGGGUAAAGUGGAUCACGCAAGAAGACAAAUACAUCCCACAAUCUCUCAUGAUAUGAAGAGCAAAUCGCCAUCAAAUCAACAACUAUCUUUACACCACUCGAGUAAAGUAGACUGCUACUUGAAGCCAGGCGGCCAUCCCGACUUUGACUCCUCAACACCACCUCCCCCGUCAGAUCUAGAAGCACUUCGCGAGACUUGGGAACAACCUACAACUCCUAUGUUUUCGACCUUUUCGAUUAUCAGUGAGGAGUAUGUGAUAUACCCUCGCGGCGGCAGGAUCGUAAAGCAGACCAGCGAUGCUCAUGAGAUAUGGUUUGCUUUGCGUGCUACUAUGUCAGCAAAACUCGAUGAAACAGAAGACGAAAGGACUCUUCAACGGUGGUUGAGGAGAAGGCAGGUUCACACGCUAAUUCGGCAGAACUUUGACGAUAGCGCCUCAACACCAGAGACCAAAGGGAGGUCUCCGGAGAACUACUAUCCACCAAUCCUAGGGCCGUCGCGACACUCGAUGACUAUUACCGAGACACCUUACGACGUCGAUUCUGACCGACUACGCAACGGUUACUCGUAUGCCUUCAGCGAUAUCUCCUUCGCGAUCUGCAUACCCAAUGACGAAUUCCAAGCUCUUUUUACCGAGUAUACUCGGUUCAUCCCCACUCUUCGGUUGUACAAAGACUCAUUUCACUAUAUGGAGGAUCUAAAAAUCGAAGUCCAACCUUUACAACUGGGGACUUCGGGUGCUGAAAGUCUCUAUGAGAAUUCCGUACGAUAUCUGACUCUCUCAUAA